AUGACUCUCCCUUCUAUUAAUGAACCUAUUUCUUCUAAUAUUAUUGUUACACCCCUUUGCACUCCAUCUAAAGAGCUAUGUAAACAACUGAUAAACGAUUAUUUUAACAAAUUCAAUGUUAUCACUCCUAUUAUUAAUCGUAAAAAAUUUAAUGAACAAAAUUAUGAUAAUAAGAAAAAUUCAGAAAUGAUAAUGUGUGCAAUUUUAGCUGUUGCUGCAUCAAAAUAUUCUGAUGAUCCUUCGAUUCAAAAAACUCCUGAUAAACCUGGUGGUAUAUUUUUUGAUUAUGCUAAGAAAUUAUUAGAUACAAAAUAUAAUAUACCAAGUUUGGAAACUGUUCAAACGUUACUACUUCUGGGACAUGCAGAAGAUAGCAUGACGCGCAUUUAUAGUGUAUCAAUAUGGAUAUCAUUCAUAUUUGGAAAACCUAUUGUCAUUGAUGAUAUAAAUAUCGAUGUUCCUUUACCUACUUUACCUUCAUUUGGCACUUUGACGAAAAAGUUCUUUAUAGCAUGGAUAAAGCUAUCACGUAUACUUGGCCAAAUUUGGAAUUUUGGUUAUUCUUCUCAGUCCUUGGCUUCUCGAGAAAGUUGGUUCUUCUAUGCAACUGAUCAAAAAAACUUGUUAAAACAAAUUCGUUUAGAAUUGACAAGAUGGUUAAGAGAAUUACCGGAUGAAUUACGUUGUCAAUAUUUGCCGAAUGCUGAUUCAAGUCGUGCUAAACCAUCUAAUUUUUCCGCUUUUGCUG